GCUCAGCACGCCAGGGCCGGCGCAACAAGAUUCCGGAUGCGCUGCGGUCCGUGGCGUAAACUGAUAUUGAGCGAUUUGUGUCACUUCAAUCUAAAGCUGCCUUAAUAGGUCUUUCCGUUGCAGAAGGUGCGCGUGUGUCUUUGUGUCGUGCAGCAGCACUACUUGAAAUACUUUGCUUGUUUGAGGUUCGCGUCUGCCCGUGAAGACAGGAUGUGGUCGCGCUCGUUGCGUAUGCUUCCGAUCGCACUGCUGCUGCAGGGCACUUCGACGGCAGCCACUGGCAGCUGCACCGCUAGCGAGAUCAUUCAGAGUGAAGUCGGCGGCUACGUGAACCAAGUCAUGGCCGAGAUGGUGCAGCGCGGGGCGAUGUCCGUCGAUGCUGCGAUAUCUAUGGCGGGGAAAGUGAAGAAUGAUACUCGUGACGGUUUGCUGACGACGCCGCAGACCGCGAUGCCGUCUCCGCUUCCGUACAAAGAUGUGGCGUUUACCGCGGCUUACGUUUUGCAGGAACUAAAUACCCACUACCAGCCGUCGGACUGGCGCUGUACAAAGCAGGCCAGUCUGUUCGCUUCUGGGGCGCUCCUGGUGGUUCCGCAGCUGGUCCUGGAGGAUUACCUCGGUUCCCAGCUACUUCCUUCUGCGGAUUUCAGCUAUUUGCGUGAGCCGGAAAUGUGGACGCGCACCGUGGUGGCCGAGUGCAUGAUCCGGGAGGUUUUUUCGGCCGACACGAUUGCCGAAGCGAAUCAAAACGCCCUGUACCUCAACUCCGAGCUGUUGACAAUGACGCGCGAGCAGUGGCUAGUGUGGGAAGCAGUGUCGGCCAGUACGCCCUUCGACGCGUCCGCUCUCACUGAAGAUCUGUUUGAACACAAAAUCCGCAUGUAUCAAGCCAAGUACGGACCGGCGUUCGAGCAAAUGACUUACAAGAGCGCCAUCAUCACUGUGGCCUUUCGGCAAGCACAUGCCCGCAGCAUCGGGCUCGAUACCAGUACGGACUCGGAGAUGCUGUACCAAAACGUGAAGUGGGCGAGUGACGUGAUGGCAACCUACGGUGGAAAUGCGCCCGCGCACCUGCGCAACAUCCAAGUCGGCAGAUUGGUGGAGACGCUUUCGCGUGCGUCGGCUUUCACCGCCUCCGCGGACCGGCGCAGUGUAUCCCUGUACAAUCAAGCAAACGGAAUUUCAUCCUUGAAGGGGUACGAAACUUACUACGCGGCCUUGAAUUCCUUCUUUAUCGUCAAGUUCGCCGACUUUCUCUUCAAAACCGUGUUUGCAGCCUCCUGUCCCCACUACCAAGAUUGGAUCUCCACUAAAUAUCACUAUGCAUUGCAAAUAUCGGCUCUGGUCUGGAAACAUGCAAGUUUGCGAUGAUCGUUCUGUGUGGCUGGACAGGAAAAAUAAAAAAAGGCAUGUUUUAUGACAGGAGGUAAAUUGGUUAGACCCAUUUGUUUCUUGCCGCGCUGCAGCAGAGAGGGGAUCAUUUGUCAUGCCGUGACUACAGAUUCACUCUUUUUUUAUGCUUUAUUGCCUUUGAUUUUGAUAGCCGAAGAAGACGAACAGGCGCAGGGACGACAAGGCCCGAAAUCUCCGAUCUCAUGCGGAGUAAAGAUAAUGAAAUGCAGCGGUCUUAGAGGAUUGUGUUUGUGAUGCUGUGCCAUGCAGUGGAGACUUCUUUGGGCAUGCUGGAGUACUACAGGCAAGGCUAGCAUGAAUAGCGUCUGCAUCGUUCCAGACCCGGAGAUGUUAUCCUUGCAAUGCAUACCUUCAUUACAAACUUGAUUGCGCCGCUGAUCAAGAAAGGGUCUGGAGUGGAAAACUACAUGUGGUUCCGUGCCAUGGCGUUGGAGGCGCGCGAUUUGUGGGGAGACUACACAGCCUGCGGAGAUAAACCGUCGAAGCCCCUCAUCCCGAAAAUCGAGCAGCUCAUCAACCAGGGGCAGGUCGUUUCUGCCACAACUUCCGGAGCCGGUUCAUCGGGAAGUAGUGACGGCACCGACACGAAUAACAUGAAGGACACGGCGAUCGUUAUCCUCGCGGUGUGCGUCGGUGUAGCCCUCUUUGGGAUCCUGUUCGGCAGCGUGGCCGUGCUGAACCUGGUGAAGCUGACACGGCAGCACGGCACCGGGCUCAGCGGUGCGUCCGGCAAAUCCAGCGAAGAAUCGUCUACGAAUUUAGCUACUGCAAAGCCCCUGGACUGCGCGAGCCCCGACUGUGUUUUGGUGAAGUUGCCGGCCACUGGGGAGGCGAAACAAUAGUUGGACAAGAUGGAGGAACAACACAGGCGAACGGGGCUGGCGUUCUCGAGUCAGCUCGUCGCGACGCGUGGUACUAAUUUGUUCCUGGAACGCCUGAUAUGAUUGUGCAAUAGUAGCGCUUCUUGAUCCUCUAUUGCAGCUUUGUGAUUUUUUUCUGCGCACUUCGUGCCGGCAGCCUAUUCUCUUCUCUUAAUCAGGUACUACGUUUGCAAAGGCAAGUGGAUACCAGCCCGGCCUUCUUGACGAGGAGUGCGACAGUCACCACGUAGUCUCUGUCCGCUGCCGCUUUCGUUCUCAACAAGAAAGCUUUCGCAUUUAUAUUUUUGUUUAUUCCUUCGUUUGUCCGUAUGCCUACAUGUAGAUGUACAUGCGAUCUAUGAUAGGGGUAGCUCGUCUCAGCAUAACUUUGCGUUUUUUCAAAAUGGUUGAAAGUACAAACGUCGAUAAUAGGGUCCACGAAGCUUGGCCUUCUGUUGCAUGUUCGGACUUUUUAGAAGGCUUGGAAAUUUGUCAUGUAUAGUGUAGGCCGUCCUCCUACACUGUUAUCGUUUAUUCUUCAGGGUCAGAUCAGUAGCUCUAGCUCCUGCUACACCUUUUAUUUUUGCAUGACUCUUCGCUGUAAUUUCUCAUGGUCAGUUCGGUAGCAUCAGCUACUCCUUCUAGUUUUACCCUCGUUUUUCUCCUCCAGGGACGCUGGGAACCUCGCCACUGAUGAGUUCACCAGGGUUCUUUGAGCUAUUAUGGGUUUCGCUGUGCAUUGUUAUAUUUUUCUGUGACACAUCUGAGAAGGAGGAAACUUGACAUGAAUAGGGUUCGAGGUCGUUACUUUUUUUUUGCAUCCUUGUCCCCGACGAAACAUAAAAAUGAACGCCAAUCACACACCAAGACUCAUAUUAUUUAUAGAAAACUGCAUUGCAGCUUGCCUAACGACCGCGCAAUUAGUGUCGGCGGAUCAAAAUAGAUCGCCCCACUGCUUAGAUUUGGGCCUAUGCAAAAAAUUGUUCUGCAGAUUCUGACUCACUUGCCAGAACAAAGCGCCACAUAUUUUUUAUGCGCGCGAGAGAGGACGCCAUGGGCUUACUGGCCCUUUCAAAGUAGCUAGUACCCUUAAAAGGUAAAGAGGGCAAAGUCUGUCAGCUGCUGUAGCUUUGUAUCUGUUGCAGAGAGAAAACGUCAAAGCUGCAUAAGUUUGACUCAAGCCCAGGACUUCUCCAGGACCGGCGCAACAAGAUUCCGGAUGCGCUACGGUCCGUGUCGCAGACUGAUAUGGACGCAUUUGAUGUGCCACUUCAAUCUAAAGCUGCCUUAGGUCUUUUAGGUACAGAAGGUGCGCGUGUGUCUUUGUGUCGUGCAUCAGCACUAAGUACUUGCAAUACUAAUACUUUGCCUUGAGGUUCGCGUCUGCCCGUGAAGACAGGAUGUGGUCGCGCUCGUUGCGGAUGCUUCCGAUCGCACUGCUGCUGCAGGGCACUUCGACGGCAGCCACUGGCAGCUGCACCGCUAGCGAGACCAUUCAGAGUGAAGUCGGCGGCUACGUGAACCAAGUCAUGGCCGAGAUGGUGCAGCGCGGGGCGAUGUCCGUCGAUGCUGCGAUAUCUAUGGCGGGGAAAGUGAAGAAUGAUACUCGUGACGGGUUGCUGACGACGCCGCAGACCGCGAUGCCGUCGCCGCUUCCGUACAAAGAUGUGGCGUUUACCGCGGCCGACGUUUUGCAGGAACUAAAUACCCACUACCAGCCGUCGGACUGGCGCUGUACAAAGCAGGCCAGUCUGUUCGCUUCUGGGGCGCGCCUGGUGGUUCCGCAGCUGGUCCUGGAGGAUUACCUCGGCUCCCAGCUACUUCCUUCUGCGGAUUUCAGCUAUUUGCGUGAGCCGGAAAUGUGGACGCGCACCGUGGUGGCCGAGUGCAUGAUCCGGGAGGUUUUUUCGGCCGACACGAUUGCCGAAGCGAAGCAAAACGCCCUGUACCUCAACUCCGAGCUGUUGACAAUGACGCGCGAGCAGUGGCUAGUGUGGGAAGCAGUGUCGGCCAGUACGCCCUUCGACGCGUCCGCUCUCACUGAAGAUCUGUUUGAACACAAAAUCCGCAUGUAUCAAGCCAAGUACGGACCGGCGUUCGAGCAAAUGACUUACAAGAGCGCCAUCAUCACUGUGGCCUUUCGGCAAGCACAUGCCCGCAGCAUCGGGCUCGAUACCAGUACGGACUCGGAGAUGCUGUACCAAAACGUGAAGUGGGCGAGUGACGUGAUGGCAACCUACGGUGGAAAUGCGCCCGCGCACCUGCGCAACAUCCAAGUCGGCAGAUUGGUGGAGACGCUUUCGCGUGCGUCGGCUUUCACCGCCUCCGCGGACCGGCGCAGUGUAUCCCUGUACAAUCAAGCAAACGGAAUUUCAUCCUUGAAGGGGUACGAAACUUACUACGCGGCCUUGAAUUCCUUCUUUAUCGUCAAGUUCGCCGACUUUCUCUUCAAAACCGUGUUUGCAGCCUCCUGUCCCCACUACCAAGACUGGAUCUCCACUAAAUAUCACUAUGCAUUGCAAAUAUCGGCUCUGGUCUGGAAACAUGCAAGUUUGCGAUGAUCGUUCUGUGUGGCUGGACAGGAAAAAUAAAAAAAGGCAUGUUUUAUGACAGGAGGUAAAUUGGUUAGACCCAUUUGUUUCUUGCCGCGCUGCAGCAGAGAGGGGAUCAUUUGUCAUGCCGUGACUACAGAUUCACUUUUUUUUUUAUGCUUUAUUGCCUUUGAUUUUGAUAGCCGAAAAAGACGAACAACGACGACAAGGCAUUGAAUCUCCGAUGUCAUGCGGAGUAAAAAUAAUGAAUUGCAGCGGUCUUGGAGGACGUGUGAUGCUGUGCCAUCAUGCAAUUGAGACUUCUUUGGGCAUGCUGGAGUACUACAGGCAAGGCUAGCAUGAAUAGCGUCUGCAUCGUUCCAGACCCGGAGAUGUUAUCCUUGCAAUGCAUACCUUCAUUACAAACUUGAUUGCGCCGCUGAUCAAGAAAGGGUCUGGAGUGGAAAACUACAUGUGGUUCCGUGCCAUGGCGUUGGAGGCGCGCGAUUUGUGGGGAGACUACACAGCCUGCGGAGAUAAACCGUCGAAGCCCCUCAUCCCGAAAAUCGAGCAGCUCAUCAACCAGGGGCAGGUCGUUUCUGCCACAACUUCCGGAGCCGGAUCAUCGGGAAGUAGUGACGGCACCGACACGAAUAACAUGAAGGACACGGCGAUCGUUAUCCUCGCGGUGUGCGUCGGGGUAGCCCUCUGCGGGAUCCUGUUCGGCAGCGUGGCCGUGCUGAACCUGGUGAAGCUGACACGGCAGCACGGCACCGGGCUCAGCGGUGCGUCCGGCAAAUCCAGCGAAGAAUCGUCUACGAAUUUAGCUACUGCAAAGCCCCUGGACUGCGCGAGCCCCGACUGUGUUUUGGUGAAGUUGCCGGCCACUGGGGAGGCGAAACAAUAG